CUAUCCUCCAACCCCAUAGUGUAUUAUUGUGCCCCUCAAAGGUCCGCCCCUGGCUCCGCCACUGGUGAUGUCAGAUGUACAAAGUGCGGUCUCUGGUCUGGGGUGAUGAUGGGGGCACAAGAAGCUCAUGUCAUGGCGAAGAGGAUGAAGAACACACUCCCCUGCCAACAAGGAAUGGGUAAUCUCAUCAGCCAAUUUGCAUUUCUUGAAUGACAUUGCUUAGGUUACUAGUUUUAACUCGUACUGCCCCGGAUUCGUUCUUGAUUCAUUUAAGUUAUAAAAAACUCAAGUGAAAAUUUGUCUACCCAAGCAAAGCAAAGCAUGAAACGAUCACUGUGUCUACUCCAGCAACUUCCUGCUGCGGGUCGUUAUUGUUCAUCCGCUAAUCUCUUAGGCUUCCAACCCUCCAAAAUGGCUAGAUUACCCCCUACCCAUUUGAUAGAAUCAUCGGUAGAACACACUGAACCUGUCCAAAUUAACACUCGAAUUAUAGAUAGAGACACGCCCUUUAGCCACUCAUCCUUCACGAAGCUUCUGGACACUUCUCUUCCAUCUCGGGGUUUUGGCAUAUCCGCCUUUCUCUUUGAUCAGUUUGGUCAUCUCAUUGAUGUUGAGAACUACAACUGCAUUAUCAGAAGAUAUACAGAUUCUGGAAAGCACUCGUACUCGGUUUUCGUGUAUACCCAGAUGCACAGACUCGACGUUCGACCUGAUAACUCGACGUUUCCAAGCGUCCUUAAGUCAGUUGCUCAAUUGUCUUAUGUGGGAUUCGGGGAAUCAGUACAUUCUAGUGCAAUCAAACUGGGUUUCGGGUCAGAUAUUUAUGCAAACACUUCCCUUGUGUAUAUGUACUGUGUGUUUCGGAAAUGCAAGGAUGCUCGCAUGCUAUUUGAUCAAAUGCCGGAAAGAAAUAUGGUUUCAUGGAAUUCGUUAAUCUCGGGUUAUUCACAUAUUGGGAAGUUUAGGGAGGCAAUUGAUGUGUUCCGAGAAAUGUUGGGGAGCAAUAUUCAGCCAGGUGAGGUUACUAUGUCUAGUGUUUUGUGUGCUUGUGCGCAUUUGGGAGCUUUGGAUGAAGGGAGAUUUGUUCAUGAUUACAUAGUAAAUAAUGGUUUGAUGCUGAAUGUAUAUGUUGGCACUGCACUUAUUGACAUGUACGCUAAAUGUGGCGACAUUGAUGCCGGUGAGAAGGUUUUUCUGGCAAUGUCAGUGAAAAAUGUGCGCACAUGGAAUGUCUUGAUAUCAGGAUAUGCCAUGAAUGGAAGAGGCGAGAUGGCUCUGAAAUCUUUUAAUAGGAUGAUGAUGGAAAAUUUCAAGCCUGAUGGAAUGACUUUCUUAGGAGUUUUGUGUGCCUGUUGUCGCAAAGGGUUUGUUGAAGAAGGAAGAUGGCUUUUUGCAAGAAUGAGAAAUGAGUUUGGGUUGCAACCAAAGAUUGAGCAUUAUGGGUGCAUGGUUGAUCUACUUGGUCGCGGUGGAUUCUUGAAUGAAGCUUUGGAGACAAUUCAAUCUAUGAAUAUGCAACCAGACGCUGUUAUAUGGAGGGCAUUACUUUUUGCUUGCAGAUUUCAUGGACAUGUAGAGUUAGGUGAUUUCGCAACCCAAAAACUUCUUGAGCUGGAACCACAAAAUGCAGAUAAUUAUGUGUUGCUGUCAAAUGCUUAUGUUCAUGAUAAAGAGUGGGCCAAAGUAGGAGAAAUAAGGAACCUAAUGACUAACAGAGGAAUCAGAAAGGUCCCUGGUUGGAGCUCAAUUGAAAUUGAGAAUGCGAUGCAUGUAUUUCAGGCAUCAGAUUCAAUUGGUCCAGGAUACGAGAAUGUUCACACUAUGUUAGCAGAAGUCAAAGAAAAGUUAAAAUUUGCUGGCUAUGAGGCAGACACAAGAAUGGUCUUGUAUGAUGUUGAGGAAGAGGAGAAGGAGCAUAAUUUGAUAUAUCAUAGUGAGAAACUUGCAUUAGCAUUUGGGCUUCUAAAAUCAUCAAACAAAACUCUAAGGAUAAUGAAAAAUUUAAGGAUUUGCCAGGACUGCCAUCACUUCUUUAAGCUUGUUUCUGCAGUUUAUGGAAGGAAUAUUAUUGUCAGGGAUAGAUAUCUCUUUCACCAUUUUGCUGGAGGUAUUUGUUCAUGCAAAGAUUAUUGGUAGCACAUUCACUCUGGUUCCUUUGAGGCCUAUUUGGUAGAAGAGUAGCUGCUGUAAGGGUGACUAGACAUGCAAAGCUCAAGAAAAGAUCUUAUGUGUUGUUAACGGAACUGCAAUCAUGGAGACGCUUCUUAGUUACAUGUGAAUGCUCUUUACAUCUGACCAUCUAUUUUCCUAGAGCUUUCUAAGUCCAUCUGUGCACGAGAGAUAUUAUUUUCCAUGCUCUAUACUUAUGACAAUUUAUUUUCGUAGAGCUUGCUUAUGUCUAUCUGUGCACGGCAGCUAUUAUUUUCCAGCGCAAUCUGCUCUGUUCCAUCACAGCUCGCAAACAGAAUUCAUGUUACUCUUCACAUAAGUUGGCCUAUUACUUUAUGGGAUUGUCUCAAGGAUGAAGUAUAUGGUUUAUGUUGUGCAGCUUUUGGGCUGAAAACUAUUCAACAACUCAAAAUCUUGCCCGAUAUUCUUGACAGCUGUAGCUCUUUUGUUGGGUACGAAUCAUGAAGAAUAUUAUUUGUCUGUUGGGCAAACCAGUUUUCUCAGAAGUGCAGAUGUUGAUAAUGUAGCAUAAACCUCAUGGCAGACUGCCUACAAACUGUAAUGCCCUAAGCAACAGAUUCCACAGUAUGUGUUUU